AUGAUUAAUUCGUUGGUGAACAUAUAUUUCAGCUAUUCGCUGUUUAUUGGAAUAACAUCGCAUCGCUUCAUCAAGCUGAGGUUCCGCUCCUCCGUAUUUUCGCGAUACUAUGCUCUGAUUGCGAAUAUCCUGACCCUAACCAUGGUGCCCAUGGUUUUGUGGCAUGCACGGAUUUCGUUUCAGGCCAAGGGGCAUUUUCCACAACUAAUCCUAAUCACGUACAAUGUGAGGUACAUGGUGACCUAUAGUGUUAUCAUAUAUACGAUCUUAUCGCGAGGAUUUCGGGACACGGCCUUCAGGGAAAUGGAACCAUUGCUACGGAAGCUACUUGAGGAAGAGAAGCGAUGUGGCCGACAAGGUGUAAGACGAUCCCUGAAGGUUUUGCUUUAUGUCAAGUUUUUUACGGUGAUCUGGUUGUGCUUCACGGAAUCAAUUUUCAUGUUUUAUUCCAUGGAGAGCAUGAAAUUAUUGGUAAUAGCCAGAUUUGUUUUCCUGGCCAAUGCAAACAAUGUGCUGGUCAUGGUGCCAAUGGGUUACUUUCUCGCCCUGUGGCAUAUUGCCCGAGGUUUGGAUUGCGUCAAUCGACGCCUGGAUGCUAUUGUAACGUCGUCAUCGAGAUCACCUCGAGACCUAAAGGAAUGGCAGCAUCUAUGGUCACUGCACUCUUCCCUGACCAAGACAGCCAUCAAUAUAAAUAAGAUCUACGGUCCACAGAUGGUAGCCUCUCGCCUCGAUAACUUUAUAAUUGGUGUAAUCCAAGCAUACUGGGGUGCCUUCUUCACCUUUGGCACAUCGACACCAGUUUUUUGGUUGGUCUACGGCUGCGUUAGCUAUCAAAUACGAUCUUUGGACUAUUUUCUCAUAGACUACAUGUGCGAUGUGAUAAUGGAGUAUCAAAGUGCGGCUCGGCAUGCCUGGAGCGAGCAACGCUGGUCGAAGGAGAUAAGUGCCUUUGUGACGUAUAACAACAGUUUGAAGCUGGAACUAUGGACUUGUGGAUUGUAUCAACCGAAUCGAAGUCUGUUUUACGAUAUGAUCACCAGUGUUUGGUAUUAUAUCUUAAUGCUACUGCAGUUUCAUCUGGUUAUGGGAAAUUUAGGGAAAUAG